CAUGAAGUUUUUCAGUAUGGCAGCGAAGUUUGAGAUUAGUGUUCGAAGUUUUGUCGGAUUCUUUGCCUUCACAACGCUUUUGUUUACAUAUUUUAAGGAAGUUUCUGGUGCAAGCUACAGGUAUGGUGUUCUUACUGCUGAGUCGUCUUCAGGAAGUGAAGAUUUCUGUAUUGUAUACUUUCAAGACUUUUCUUCUUUACCAUCUGUCAAAAGGAAGGAAGACUUUAGAUCACUUCUGGAUCAGUCUGACUCAGAAUUUUGUGAUACGCCACCACCUGAGCCUCACCCAAGUUUCGAAGAAAAAAUAGUGCAAGUUGAAAACAGCAACUGUAGUGUAGUAUCUCAGGCUGAGGUGGUACAUCAGCUGAAUGGAGCUGGAUUACUGGUAACCACCUCUGUGGACUUUGUGAAUGAUGUAAAGGUAAACAGUUCUUUAGCUCAUGACAUCAACAUUACGGUGGCCUUAAUUUCUCACAGUUCUGCUCGUCGACUGAAGAACUUCAGUGAUGAUGUCAAGGUUUUACUUUAUGCUCCUGAUUCCUUCAACAUUGAUUUUAGUCUCUUUCUCAUCUGGGCUGUGGCAGUCUUUACUGUUGCGGUGGGAUCGUUUUGGUCAGGACUUGUUCGACAGUCACUCAGUCACUUGAAGGAGAUAACCAAAUUGCCUGGUCCAGAAAGAGAGCACCAUGGGAAGCCUGAAACAGCACCCGAGUCUGAAGAGAGUUCCAUGAAUAUUUCACCAGUUCUCGUUGCCGUGUUUGUCCUGUGUAUGGGUGCAAUGUUGCUGCUAUUGUAUUUUUUCUACGAUUAUCUAGUCUACUUCAUUAUCAGUUUGUUUGUCCUUGCUUCCAUCAUAUCUGUAUACAAUUGUGUGGAACCUUCCAUGAAAAGACUUUCUGUUGGAACAUACAGUCAUUCUACAAAGAAAAAAAGGACUAGUGAAACAAUAUUUUGUGUUCUGACCAGUUAUUCAUGGAUUCUUCAAGACAUUUUGGGCGUGGCAUUUAGCAUCAAUAUGCUAAAGUCUAUAAGACUUCCCAGUUUAAAGAUUUGUGCCGUUCUUCUAGUCCUCCUCUUUUUUUAUGACAUCUUCUUUGUUUUCAUUACACCAUUUUUAACUGCAAAAGGUGAAAGUGUUAUGGUGGAAGUCGCUACGGGAGGAAGUAGCCAAGAAGUGCUUCCCAUGGUACUACGUGUGCCUCAUUUCAGCUUUGAUCCAGUGUCAGUGUGUUAUCAACAGUAUUCUUUGCUAGGAUUUGGUGACAUCCUUGUUCCUGGACUCCUGGUUUCAUACUGUCAUGGAUAUGAUUUGUUGGUUGGGAACAGAAGGGUGUAUUUCAUCACAACAACCAUAUCAUAUGGUCUUGGCCUAAUCAUUACCUUUGUGGGUCUGUAUUUGAUGAUGACGCCACAGCCCGCAUUGCUGUACCUAGUUCCCAUUACUCUGAUUCCUCCUCUACUACUGGCAUGGGCAAGAAAGGAAUUUUGCCAAAUCUGGAGUGGUUACAAGUCCAUACACGAGACAAAUAAUGAACAGGAGUCAGCCAAUCCUCCAGCAGAACCCGCAGCGGCUGAGUCUACACCAGCAGUUACUGCUGUUCAGAGCGAAGCCAAUCCAGCUAUUUCUAGACAGGCCAGCAGCGCUUCUAGUGACUACACAGAGGAGAAAAAUUUGCUGCAGUCGUGAGUGGACGAGUCGGACCGUAAACAGUUGGAACCGUGUUUUGGUUCUAUCUGUUACAAUUUUAGCUGGGAUUUAAAGGGAUAUGAAAAUCACUAAGCAGGUUUUUAACAAAACUGAUUGCUGGGAUUGGGAAUAUGAGGAAAUAUGGGCUUUAGCUCUUUUGUUGUUUUUCUUUUGACAGAACUUGGACACUAGUAAUGUUUUGUUAUUUAAUGUUUUUAAAUUAGUAGCACCUAAAAAUGUGGUGUAAAAUAAGUUAUGUUUUUAAUAAACACUAAAUGGGUGAAUAAACAUGUUUAUAGCACUGUAUGUAUGUGUUUAUCACUUUUUGUUAGCUCGUUGUUUUUGGUGAUGAUAAAUAAUAAUAAAGCUCCGGUUGUUUAAUACGAUCUGUGCCACUUAGUUAGCCAAUCAUAGGCAAGCGUAGAGCCUACUGGUGGAGUAGUUGUUAAUAGAUUUUUUAUUAUAUUUGAAAAUGUUGGGAAAAUAAUGUAUAAUUUGUUAACAAUAUUCAUUGUUCUUACUACACUGCUCCUAACGUUUGAUGAGCAAUACUUUUGAUUGCAUGAAAAAAAUAAUACGUUUCCCAAAUAAAAAAAAAAGUGUCUAACAAAACGUUUUAAUUAAAAAAUUUUUUCAGGAUUAUAGUUUAUAACAUGUUUGUGUAUGAUCGAAAUUGUAUGAAAAAAAAAUCAUGUUGAAGUACAAAAUGUGGAAAAGUGUAGCAUUUGUAAGUUGUUUUUUUUUUAAAGAUAUUAAUUUUGUAUGUUUGGUCAACUUUAAAUUUUCACCAAUUUGGUGCCAUUACCUCUAGCUUGUUUUACGUUUUUGGCUGGUCUUCUACAGCAAAAUAUUUUCGGGUUCCUAUAAUUAGCGAGACACCUCGUGCAAUAACUCCGGUGAAUGUGAUUCGGUAUAGAACAUAUUCUAGAGAUUCUUACUACUGACACAAGUUCUGGGUUUUUGAAUGUUGGAAAUACUUGUCACUGGGUUUAAAAAGAAUGAUGUAAGUUUGGCAGAGAUAGUAGUUUUAAAUCUUUUACAAUAACACUUAGAACAAAAUUCACGUUUCUUUGCGUACAAAGAGAUCAGCAAGGUUGAGAAUCUUGGAGUGACAGAAAUAAGGAAGCAAGGAAUAAAAUUAUUCCAAAAUUAAAUGACAUAUGAGUUUGCCAAGUCAUAAAAAUAUAUGUAUAUGAUGCUUAGUGAAUAAUACAGGCUGUUAGUAAUUCCUUAUAGAAGAAGUAUUUAAUCUUACAUAAUGAAUACUAUUUUUAAAUAUAAUCUCAACAGGUAUUAUUUGUUCUCUGUAAAUAUAUUUUUUUUAUAAUUUGGUAUAUUUGUUAAGGUUAGUUUGCAAAUGAACCUUAAAUUAAAGUACUUAUUUACAAAGAUGACAACUUGUUUCGCACAAAAAAAAGUGUGGGAAUAUUAAUUUCUUUGUGUUUGGUGUGUAUGGAUGUCUCGCACAUUGUUAAAUCAUGGUGAAAAUAAUACUCCCAUACUAGUGAAAAAAAGUCUGUUAAAAUUAAUGAUUAUUUAUAAAUAUCUUUUGAAAUUUUUUCUGGUUUUAUUUUUAAACAAUUAUUUUUGAAAUUUUGCUAAAGUAUAAUGUUACAACUUUCACAGUCAUGAACAAUGAAAACUGCGAAUGUUCUUUGUGAGAGAAUUGCACUUGAGUGGAUACAAAUCUUUUGAAACUCAGUAGUAAAAUAUUUUUAAGAUUCGUGUAAUAAGGUGCGUAAUAAGGUUAUUUGUAUUUACUAGGGCACAAAUUGUUUGUAUAACCAUAGUGGUCGUUUUGAUGCUUGAUUUACAACUGGAAUUCCUAAAGCAAGUUAGCAUUAUGAUUUAGUAUUUGUGUGAAAAGUAUUUGUUGUAGAAUGUAUUGAAUAAUUGGUAUUAUUAUGAAUUUUUUUCUCUUUUCUUUGUAAUCAGAUAUACAAAAUUAAAAUCCGUAUAAAUUCUGAUACAAUGUACUACAUAUUCAAAAGAUGAAACAUUUGAAUUCCAUAAAUUUAAAGAUUUCUGUUAGUUUUUAAUCAACUACUUACCAGUUGUUGUUACACUGUACAAUGUUUUUGAUUCAUUUUCUGAGGUUUACAACAAGCAACUCAUAAGAGUUCAGUAAAUCUGAGGCUAGAAUCAAUGGUUAGUUGGUCAUCAUAGUUCGAUGAUUGAUGUGUUCCUCUCUCUCACUGAAAUCUAUAUAGAUUAACUUGGAUUUUAAAGAUAUCUUGUUAGAAAAUUGAACUCUUUUUAGAUACUUAGCAUUGUUUGAAGACUGUUUUUUUCCAUUCGUUUGCCAUAAAGAGUAGAUUUAGUUACACAUUAUUCUUUCAGAUUCUGUUGUUGUUCAAUGUUAUCAUGAGUGAUUAAAUAAUUUUCAAAGUGAAAUUAUUUUGCUUUAUUUUAAUACAAUAGAAAACAAAAAUUGAAACUUUUUAUAAUGAUCUGUUCAUUAUUUAAAAUGGUAUGAAAGGCACAAGUUAUUUAUUGAGUGCAACUUUGUCAACAUGCGUACAUGUUUCUAUGCCACGUAGGUUCUCUGUAGCUGUACGCUAUGUAAGAUGUAAGCAGAAUGUAUGCUAUUGGUUCACGUUUUUCUACUUUCAGGAGCAGAACUCAAGAUAUAAAAGUUUUAAUUUUAUUCUCUCAUCAUUCAAUCAGUAUAUUUUGCAUUCAAAUGCAAAUUUUGAUAGCCAUAAACUUCAAUAAAUGAUAAAGUACCUUUCAAAUAAAUAAGCGUGGAAGCUUAGAACAAAAACUUGGUUAUUAGGUAGAAUAUCGAACGACAGUUAGAAGGCACAAACCUUUAUGAAUGAAGAGCUAAGAAAUAAUUUAGAAUAAGCUAGUUGCAAUCACCUUUGUUAAAGCUUAUGUAGUAAGUGAAUAUAUAUUAUUGUGUGCAACUUGUAGUAUUAUUUGACAACUUAAACUCUGUUUAACGAAAUUUUCUUUGCAGACUAUUUUUUUAUAUAUAAUGAAAUAACUCAGAUUUAUUUUUCUGUGUUUAUAAUGCAGUAACAGAAGUUAAAAUAAAAACUUCAUAAUUUUAACUUAUAGAAGCAGGCAUUCCAUAUAAUGAAAAAUUUUGAAAGUUAAAAUCCUGAAUAAUACUUGAUUAAUGGGCAAACAAAAGAAAAAUGUUACCGAUAUUAAAAUAAAGCAUUCACGUGAAAUAUAUUUCGAUCAAAGUAAAGCAAUGAUAACAAGAAAUGUUUUACAGCAUCAGAAAUUGGGGUUAUUGUAUGCAUUUUUGAAGGCUCUAAUUAGAUUUUUAAUUUUUAGACAUUAAAGGCAUUGUUUGCACAAAA